GGAGGCGGGCUCGUAUAUGGAAUUUGGACCCCGGCGCUCCCCUCCAGGGCUGGUGCCCCGGCCGCGGCCCUGGCGCAGUCCGCCGCCGCCGCCCGCUAGGCGCUCGCGAGGAGGAGGCGACGCUGCCGGCGGCGCGCGCGGCGUGUGAGGACCGAGGCUCCCUCCCGCGGGGGGCGGCCGCGCGGCUGACCGAGCGACGGUCGGCGGCCGGAGCGCGGGGCUCCGCGGGCCUGCCAGCGGGCCCCCCCACCUCCCGCUCCCGACGGACCCCCACGCCUGGGGAGCUGGGGAGGCCGGCCCGGGCCCCCUGCCCGCGGCCGCCAUGGCGGAGAAUUGGAAGAACUGCUUCGAGGAGGAGCUCAUCUGCCCCAUCUGCCUGCACGUCUUCGUGGAGCCCGUGCAACUGCCGUGCAAGCACAACUUCUGCCGCGGCUGCAUCGGCGAGGCGUGGGCCAAAGACAGCGGCCUGGUGCGCUGCCCGGAGUGCAACCAGGCCUACAACCAGAAGCCGGGCCUGGAGAAGAACCUGAAGCUCACCAACAUCGUGGAGAAGUUCAACGCCCUGCACGUGGAGAAGCCGCCGGCGGCGCUGCACUGCGUGUUCUGCCGCCGCGGCCCCCCGCUGCCCGCGCAGAAGGUCUGCCUGCGCUGCGAGGCGCCCUGCUGCCAGUCCCACGUGCAGACGCACCUGCAGCAGCCCUCCACCGCCCGCGGGCACCUCCUGGUGGAGGCGGACGAUGUGCGGGCCUGGAGCUGCCCGCAGCACAACGCCUACCGCCUCUACCACUGCGAGGCCGAGCAGGUGGCCGUGUGCCAGUACUGCUGCUACUACAGCGGGGCGCAUCAGGGACACUCCGUGUGCGACGUGGAGAUCCGGAGGAAUGAGAUCCGGAAGAUGCUGAUGAAGCAGCAGGACCGGCUGGAGGAGCGGGAGCAGGACAUUGAGGACCAGCUCUACAAACUGGAGACCGACAAGCGCCUGGUGGAGGAGAAGGUGAACCAGCUGAAGGAGGAGGUGCGGCUGCAGUACGAGAAGCUGCACCAGCUGCUGGACGAGGACCUGCGGCAGACGGUGGAGGUCCUGGACAAGGCGCAGGCCAAGUUCUGCAGCGAGAACGCGGCGCAGGCGCUGCACCUCGGGGAGCGCAUGCAGGAGGCCAAGAAGCUGCUGGGCUCCCUGCAGCUGCUCUUCGACAAGACUGAGGAUGUCAGCUUCAUGAAGAACACCAAGUCUGUGAAAAUUCUAAUGGACAGGACCCAGACCUGCACGGGCAGCAGCCUUUCUCCCCCUAAGAUUGGCCACCUGAACUCCAAACUCUUUCUGAACGAGGUGGCCAAGAAGGAGAAGCACCUGCGGAAGAUGCUAGAAGGCCCCUUCGGCACACCGGUGCCCUUCCUUCAGAGCGUCCCCCUGUACCCCUGUGGCGUGAGCAGCUCUGGGGCCGAGAAGCGCAAGCACUCGACGGCCUUCCCCGAGGCCAGUUUCCUGGAGACACCUUCGGGCCCAGUGGGCGGCCAGUACGGGGCUCCGGGCCCCGCCAGCGGCGAGGGCCAGUCAGGGCAGCCCCUGGGGCCCUGCAGCUCCACGCAGCACUUGGUGGCCCUGCCGGGCGGUGCCCAGCCAGUGCACUCGAGCCCCGUGUUCCCCCCAUCGCAGUACCCCAAUGGCUCUGCCCCCCAGCAGCCCAUGCUCCCCCAGUAUGGCGGCCGCAAGAUUCUCGUCUGUUCUGUGGACAACUGUUACUGUUCUUCCGUGGCCAACCAUGGCGGCCACCAGCCCUACCCCCGCUCCGGCCACUUCCCCUGGACAGUGCCCUCGCAGGAGUACUCACACCCGCUCCCGCCCGCACCACCUGCCGUCCCCCAGUCCCUUCCUGGCCUGGCGGUCAGAGACUGGCUCGACGCCUCCCAGCAGCCUGGCCACCAGGAUUUCUACAGGGUGUAUGGGCAGCCGUCCACCAAGCACUACGUGACGAGCUAACGCCACGCGGGCAGGGGCGCUGGGGAGUCUUCCCCCCCCAGCCCCCAGUGGCUCGGGAAUUACGCGUACAGAGAUCUGCCCGACCCUCUUCUUCCUUCAUUCCCCAAGUAUUUUCCUUUUGGAUUUUAUUUUGUUUGGGGCUUUGUUUUUGGUUUUAGGUUUUUUUUUUUUUUUUGGGGGGGGAUUUUUUUUUUUUAAUGACUCUCCUGGACAUGGAGGGGUGAUGGUGGGAGCUGGCCUGGGCCGGGCCCGCAGGUGGCCUUGGAGUUGGGAAAGCGUCUACCUCAAGGCGCUGAGCUCUCUCUCUCUCUCUCUCUCUCUCUCUCUCUCUCUCUCUCUCUCUCUCUCUCUCUCUCUCUCUUUUCUCCUCUCUACUCUCUCUACAACUUCCUGCUCUCCUUUUUUUCUCCCACUCUUCCCACCCCCCACGGCUGGAAGGAGCCUCAGUUACCCUCAGACCUUGGAGGGCGGGUGGGGUCCCGACCUGUGAGGAACACCCGCUGCUUCUUCUGUUUGGGGCUCUUUGAUCACUGAGUAAGGAAUGACCUGUAGAUUAUGGGAUUUUUUUUUUUUUAAUAUUUUUAAACCAAGAAUGAUUUCUCCUGCUUCCUUCUUCUCACCCUCCUCCCAAAUGGAGUUCAAAGGCCACAUCUCAAGCAGCUUUUGGCAUCUUUAGCCUCCGAGUGGAAUCUUCCAGACAGGAACCCCAUGUCCAGGAAAGGGGAACGGAACUUUGCCAAUGAUAGUGACCACAGCGAAAGCAAAUAAUAAUAAUAUUAAUAAUAAUAAAGAGAAAUAAAAGAAAUAAUAAAAUAAAACAGCAUAGCCCUUGUUGAGGUCAGCGGGGGAGGAGGGAUUGCCCCAAGCUGGGCCCUUGCCUGGAUUUUGACACAGCAACUUCCCGUAGCGAGCACUUUGUAUGAAUCGUGGACUCCCUGUCCUAAGGCACAGGUAUUUAUUCUGUAAUCUGUCUAGAGCACACACCGACAUCCAGCCUUCUAAUAAACAUAAUGGCGUAGUCCCA